GGGGUGGAGCGGAACGGAACGGCGCUGGGGGCGGGCGCCGGCGCCGAGGAUCGCUGCCUGGGUCUGAGCCUUGGCAUUCGUCUUGGGCGCCUUGGCGGAGGACGCAGCGUCGCGCCCCGAGCCCGAGUCGCAGAAGCCAGAGGCGGCGGAGGAGCCGAGCUCGGCCCGGGCGCGCCCCGCUCCCCCUGAAUGACGGGCGGCAGGUUCGACUUCGACGAUGGCGGCACCUACUGCGGCGGCUGGGAGGACGGCAAAGCCCACGGCCAUGGCAUUUGCACCGGGCCCAAAGGGCAGGGCGAGUACGCGGGCUCGUGGGCGCACGGCUUCGAGGUGGUGGGCACCUACACUUGGCCCAGCGGCAACACCUACCACGGCUACUGGGCGCAGGGCAAGCGCCACGGGCUGGGCGUGGAGACGAAAGGCAAAUGGAUGUACCGGGGCGAGUGGUCGCACGGCUUCAAGGGCCGGUACGGCGUGCGCCAGAGCCUCACCACCCCUGCCCGCUACGAGGGCACCUGGAGCAAUGGGCUGCAGGACGGCUACGGCGUCGAGACCUACGGGGACGGAGGUACAUACCAGGGACAGUGGACAGGAGGGAUGAGACAUGGUUAUGGUAUGCGGCAGAGUGUUCCAUACGGCAUGGCAACUGUGAUUCGUUCACCCCUCCGGACAUCUCUGGCUUCGCUCCGUAGUGAGCAGAGCAAUGGCACUGUUUUACAUGACAUUACCUCGGACAGUCCAGCUGGUACAAGAGGAGGGUUUGUCUUGAAUUUUCACAGUGAUACGGAAAGUAUUGGUGGUAAGAAAAAAGGAGGCUUGUUCAGAAGAGGAUCCCUUCUCGGUAGCAUAAAACUUAGAAAAUCAGAAUCAAAAUCAUCUAUUUCUAGCAAACGUAGCUCUGUCAGGAGUGAUGCUGCUAUGAGCAGAAUUAGUUCUAGCGAUGCCAAUUCUACCAUUAGUUUCGGGGAUGGGGACUGUGAUUAUUGUCCAGUGGAAGACCAUGUUGAUGCUACCACAACAGAAACAUACAUGGGAGAGUGGAAGAAUGACAAACGUAGUGGCUUUGGUAUUAGUGAGCGCUCAAAUGGUAUGAAAUAUGAAGGGGAGUGGCUAAAUAAUAAGAGACAUGGAUAUGGAUGUACCAUGUUCCCAGAUGGCACCAAGGAAGAGGGGAAGUAUAAAAACAACAUUUUGGUCCGUGGAAUAAGGAAGCAGCUAAUACCGAUAAGGAACACAAAGACUAAAGAGAAAGUGGAGCGAGCAUUAGAAGGUGCCCAACGUGCGGCUACCAUGGCCAGAACCAAAGUGGAAAUUGCAACUUCAAGAACUGCACAUGCAAGAGCUAAAGCCGAUGCUGCUGACCAGGCUGGCCAGUCUGCCCGUCAAGAGUGUGACAUUGCCAGAGCAGUCGCCAGAGAACUUUCCCCAACUUUUUACCAACCAGGCCCUGAUUACAUAAAGCAAAAAUUUCAAGAGGGUAUGGAAGUCAAGGAAAAUCCUGAAGAAAAAGCCCCAGAAAAACCACCUACACCAAAAGAGUCUCCUCAUUUUUAUCGAAAAGGGACUACACCUCCGGGGACCCCAGAAGAGAGCCCAAGACAGAGUCCUCAACUCUCUGCUGAGCCUUCUCCUGCAAAACAAGUCAAAAAGCAGAAUUCCACCUCACAAAGACUCAUUCAAGAAAAAAAAUAUAUAACCAGUGAAAAUACAAUACCUACAAUUAACAAGCCCCUUCCUUCAAAAUCACCCGUGAAAGAGGAAAUAUUGGUUAAACAGCAGCCAAAGCUCUCACCCCGCAACAAUCCUACCAGCAAAGAUAAUGGGGAGUUGCAUGAUCAUUACCAUGGCUACUAUGUGAAGAUGAAUCCAACAAUGUAUCCAUAUGAGCUUGGGGAAGACGAGGACCAUGCCAACCCGUCAUCUUCAGCUCUUGCACUAGUAGCAUCCGUUCCGAAGCCAAGCCCUGUCAGAUCUGGGGUUCAGGUAGAUGCCAAAGAAUCAUUUAAGAAACCUGAAUUUGCUGCACCAAAGAAUCCAGCUAAUAAGAACUUCCAUUCUUCAGUGGAACAAGAAGUCAGUUCGGUUCCUAAUUCAAUCAUGAUUGUCCUGGUAAUGCUGUUGAAUGUUGGUUUAGCCAUUCUUUUUGUCCAUUUUCUAACUUGAUUGGAAUUAGGAAAGCUAUGCCUGAAAGUGAUUCAACAUGCUUACUGUUUUGAUCCUUCAGUGAAGUCAUGACAACUUGUGGCGUAAACCCACAGUUCCCGGCAGUUGUGUCAUCAGCCUUUAAAUGGCACGAGUCAUGUUCAGACACAGAGAAAGGAGGCUUGGAAUUAGGAUGGGACACGAGAGAGAGAUGAAACUUGGAAAACUCAGCCAGGGGCCUGAACAGUUCCUCUGCUGAGGAUUUGUGGCUUUGCGGUUCUCUGAAACCUGAAGCAAGCAGCCAUGUUGGGGGAGAAAAAUCAUGUGGAUGCACACACAAGCUUGUUGAAGCAGCCCAGCUACCGAAGUGCGUUGGUUACUCCAUCUGUUCUAGCAGAGUGUGACUAAACUGGAAAUGUACGGAGCUGCACUUUUGUUGAUGGAAGCAAACAGCUGCCUUACUAUUUUGUCGUCUGAUGGUUUUGGUGGGGGAGACGGGAAAGUGACUGCCAGAGGAAUGUGGUCCGAGGAUUCUGUUGCUGUGGAAGUGAUUCCAGUGUUCACUCCUAUCUCAUUAGAAGAAAUAGUUAGCAGCAUCACUCACCAGUCUUAUUCCAUUACCUGCUGCUUUAUGAUCUCCUUGCAGUUUUCUGGGAGAUUGUGUUUCAUUUGCUUAUGCAUGAAUCUGUUCAUUUACUAUUUAUUUAAAUGCUAUGUAAAGCCGUAGCUAUUAUAUCGUCAUGUAGACAUGCCUGGAAACUUCACUAGUUUUCACCCUGCACCAGAAAGUCAAAAAUAAAGCCUGUAGCAUAUGUGCAGUAUAUAUAUUUUUUUCUUGGAUCAAUGUCUUCAGAACUUCCCCCCCUAAGCUGGUAAAUUCAUUUUACAUUAAGGUUUAGUAGGCAAUAUGCAACUUUGUUUGAAGCCAUUGUUUAUUAUCUUCCUUGUGACAGUAGCAAGCAGAAUUAUUUUAAAUCCAGCAAGAUUCAUCAGGUUGUAUGAGCAUACUUGGAGAGUGAGGUAGAAAUAGUAUAAAAAGCCUUGUGUCAUUCAUUGGUUUGGGUGUUAUUACUAGCAUUUGAAGUCUUGCCUGAGUGCACAAUGGAAGCUGUUCUUUAAUAUUUAGAUUAAAUAAUAAUUUUCUUUAAAAAGGAAGUGUCAACCUUUUCGUUGAAUACAUUCAGGUAGAGCAUUUAAGUCUGUUAAUAAUGACUGAUUAUCAGUCUGAUGCCUUUAAUGUUGUUAAAAAUGAGUCUGUAAUCUUACCUCAGCCAGUUAAAACUUAAGCCUCAACUUUUUAUUUUGGACUAUUUGUCUUAACUAGAAUUGCUGUCCUGUGUGUUGAUGAUGUGAUCUGUGUAUUUGUUUUCUCCCCAUUGCAGUACCGUAUCCCUUAUUACUCAGAAGCAUGCUUGUUUAUAGGAAAAUUGUACAUGGUGUGGUCAUUUUGAAAGUCAGCAUUUUAAAAUUUAGAAGCAAAAGGUUUUAAAAGGGCUUGGAUUUUGGUUUAUUUUAUUUCUUAGAAAAGAAUACAUUUCAGGGUUUUAUCCUGUUUGUACAUUACUGUUGUUACUGUUGUUUGCAUGGUUUACUGGAAACAGAGAGAGAGAGAGAGAGAGAGAGAGACUCAUGACUAUCAAAGAAAUGGGUAUAGAUCUGCUCUUGCAGUCUGGGGCAAAGCAAUGGCAAGGCACAGAGUGGAAUUUUUUGCAGAAAUGUGUUAAGCAUCCUGGUAUAUAAUUGAGAAGAAAACAGAAAAGGCAGCAAAUGAGAAUUUUAACAACUUUCCUAUUUAUUUCUUAAAACAACAUGUUUUUCUCUUAAAUUUAGAAAUGUAAUUCUUAAUUGAGAAUCAGGUUUUUAAAUUGUAACAUGACAAGAUGUCAUAAACAAUAUUUUAUUAUCUACAAUUCA